AUGUACUGGCUGCUUCCUCCUUCUCUCGUCUCAUCACGAAAACUAACUGGGGUUUUUGUUACAUACGAACAGGGAAAAAGGAGAUGCCUCCAAAUCCUGCGACUUCCUCCCACCAGACAAACAAUACCUAGUAACGUGUGGGGUCCCCUGCCUCCAGUGCGACACCCCUAG